AAGGAUAUGUAUUUGGAAGUCAGAGGUCGACAUGCCUGAAUUCAGAUGUCAGUAGCAACCAGACGCCUACUGCUCUAAUUGCGCUUGAAUUCCGCACGUAUGGAUUAAGUUAUAAAGGAGAAAACUUUUUAAAUAAUGGAUCCUGAUGAGCGGUUGCGUUGGUUAGAGACAAGAAUCACAUCUUCGCUGAAACCAAGAGCAGAUGAUCUAAGAAAAUUGUUUUCUCGUGAUGAAUCUCGAGCCGCGUUGCUUGAAUUUUUUUCAAACAAUGAUGCACACAGACUUUUUGUCCACACUGUAAGUGAAGAAGGGAGUGUUGGAGGUUCUUUAAAGGUUUCACUCUCAGCUCCUGUUGAGGUGAAAGAGAAAUGCAUCUGUUUUCUGAAAACUGGUCUUGCGUCUCAACUCCAUUCAGGAAAUUUAGAUGACAGUAUAACAUGUAUGGAUUGGUCUGAUCCAUUGACACAUGGAGAAAUGCUGUUGAGAGAAGUUUAUCUUCCUCUGCUGUGCACAGACUCUGAUUUGGCUUCUCAACCAAACGAUGAUGGUUCAGUAAUAACUCCCGAUAAAAUGAUGGAUGUUUUACAUAGACUUUUGGGAAAUAUCGAAAUAACAAGGGGAAUAUCAGAAGGAAUGGUUUGUUUGCCCCUCCCAUCAAUCGAGGUUUUAGCAGAAGCAGCUGCAUUUCAACACAGACAACCUGCUGUUGUUCAUGUACUUGAAUCAGCAGUUAUCGGUUGGAUAAAGCAAAUAAGAAAUGUACUGAGGCACGAUCCACUUUCUUCAACAAGAGCACUAAGCAGAGAAGCAAAAAAGCCAGUUCGACCCCAUCAUGAGGUUGCAAUGUGGGAAAAGCAUAUCCAACACAUGACUUCAAUAUUGGAACAAUUAGAAGCUCCUGUUGCCAUGGAUAUUCUUAUGAAUUUGACUCAUGCUAAUAGUUCCUAUGCUCAGUCAUUUGGUGCAGUUCGUGUUGAAGUGGAAAUGGCAUUAGAAACAGCAAGAUCCCGACUGAGAUGUUUCACAACUGUAUUGCCUUGGAUUCAAGAUAUGUAUAGGACAUCUUCACUUGAUCGCAUGCUCAAAGUUUUUCCUCCUCUUUUGCACACUGUUCUUCUGAUUUGGAAAAAUUCAGAUUAUUAUCACAAUGUCAGUGUGUUUGCUCAUAUGCUGCAAAUGUUGUCAAAUGAGGUUGUUGCCAGAGCAAGAUCUUUAGUUGGUGAUAACCCAUUCGAAGAUACAUCACGCUCAUACACUGCAUUGAAGGAUGCACUGAGAUUGUGUGCUGCAUUCAGAGGAACUUAUUUAGAUUUUAAGGAAACUGCAAAUGAGAUCAAUCAGAAGAAACUUGAAUCUAAUGUUACAAGUAUGACAAGGUUGAGACCUAAGGAUCAUAAUGUAUUGUUUCGUGCUAAAAUGUAUGGACCGACUGGAUUUCAGCAGUUACCAGGAGAUCCACAGGUUGAUGGUUCAGAAGAACAUUGGGAAGAUUCUGCAUGGCCUCCAAGAAACACUGCAUGUUUCGGUGGUUUAAGCAGAUUUGUGGAACGAUGUAAUGAUCUUUUGGAUUUAGUUGAAACGACUCGACAUUUCAACACUUUAGAAGAGGCAGCGAGAGUUGGAGGAGCAGGAUCUCGAGCAUUGGAUGCUCUUGUGAAUGAUAUUCAUGAGGUGUUCAUGAAAACAAUCAGAGAAUUCACAAAGAAAAAUCAAGAUGUUUUGACCAUCGAUGACAAACAACAUUUUGAGAAAGCAUUUUUCCACUACAGAUCUGUUAUCAAGACUUUGGAACGUAGAUUAGCAGGAGUUUUGAGAAAAUCCCUAAGCAUAUGCCCUAAUCCUAUGUCACAUUUGAGGGUUCUUGAAGUUUUUGAAGGAAUCAGUGCGAGAGAGCUUCUGCAGAAAGAUCUGGCACCAGAAAAUGCACAGUUGGUGACAGAGUUGAUUGAUGAAUUUAAAUCUGUCAAAAAAUUAUUUCAAACAAAUGUUAAAGAUGUUCCGAAACAUGCAAAUAUGCCACCUACUGUCAGCAAAUUGUACUGGAUAAGAGCCUUGAAAGAGCGUAUUGGCAUACCAAUGGGAAAAUUGAGGGCCGUUUGUCCACAUGCAAUAGAAAGUGAUAAAGGAUGGUUGUUACGAGAUGCAUUCACAGAAGCAAUGAAUGAAUUAGAAAAAUAUGAAACCAAAUUACUUGCAUCUUGGAGUCGAAGUAUUGACACAGAAAUAAGGGAUAAAUUGAAAAACUUCGUUCUUGCCCCUGAAGAAGAAAGGAUAUUGGAAACAGGAAAGUCUGACAACUUGAAUGACGGUGAAAAUAUCGACAACAACAAUGAAUCUACGGAUCCAUCGAGUCCAAGGGAACGAGCAACUGCAAUCAAAGUCAAUCUUGAUCAGAAAUUGCUUGUUAUGUUGAGGGAUAUCAAAUACCUGAAACAACCACCAUAUGAGGUUCCAAUUCCAGCUUCAGUUCGGGCACUGUUGAGAACAGUUGACAGCAGUAUAUUACACAGGCAAGCAACAAGACUUCAUACUGUUGUAUCCAAGUAUAAUCACAUUAUCAAGAGUCUUAAACAACAUGAAUUACUUUUGUUUGAAGGAAAAAUGAGAAGGGUUGACGAACUUAUUUUGGAAGGAAAAGAAGUAGUUACGUGGUGUUCAUCAGAUUUAGAAGAUUAUUUGGAAAAAGUAACUGCAGUGAUAAGUGAAGACGUUCAUCGUAGUUUGACAAGAGUUCAUAAUAACUGGGCAAGAGUUGAAGAACUUGCUCAAUCUUGGUCAGAAGGUGAACUGGGAAUUUUUACAAGUCACAAGACAAGAAAUCUUUCUCAUAGUUUAAAAGAAUUAUUGACAUUACAAGAAGAAAUGGAUCAACAAUACAAGAAUAAACUGGUUCCAGCUGGUUCUGAUAUUCAUUCAUUGCUUCAAGAUUCUUUCGAGGCAAUUGAAAUGAGUGCUGCAUCCCCUGCCUGGCAGCUAUAUACAGCACAGAUGGAUGCAGUUGUGUUGAUUGCAUUAAAGAAUAGUAUCUUGACGAGUCUGGAUGCAAUGUAUACAAUCACUGCGGCAGCUACAGAUGAGAGUUUGAUGAUUCAACCUCUGGAACCAAUUCUGACUAUUCGACUUGAAUUGGUUGAACAAACAGUUUCUUUUUCACCACCUAUGGAUAGAUCAGCAUCUGUUGAUAAUGUUGAAGAUGCAAUUGGAACUUGGUUGAAUAAUUAUCUGAAACGAGCAAGUCUAGUCAACAGAUUAACUGAUCCAUUCAGUACAUAUUCAGAUUUUUUGAGCAAUGAUGAAGAUGUUUGGGAAAUAUUAAAUGAAAUACAGACUGUUGUAAUGGAGAAUGCAGCUGAAUGCAAAGAAUUACUUUCCAUAUUUGACAACUACAGAUUUUUAUGGGUUCAAGAUGUACAGCUUUCAUUUCAAGACUUUUUGAAUGGGCGACCAUCACCUAAUCCUCUACGAGCAUCAAAACAAUCCCAUCUGAAAACUCACAAAACAAUCAGUCAAAUAACCAGUGGAACUGGUCAGAGAUCCAGAUAUUCUGUCAACAGUCCGGACGCAGUUACUGAAGCAGAGAGAGCGUUCCUUACUCCGCAUCGAACUAAUGCUGGUACAAGAACAGGAUCUAUGGCAUUGGGUCAACAAAGUACAGGAGGAAAACAAAUGGCUUUUGCAAGUACUUCAGAUGCUGGAAUGGAAUCGACAAUACCUGGCCUUGCGGAAUUUGAUGAAGAGAUUGGCAUUUAUAAAUCAGCAAGAGAUAAUAUCUCGUCUUUACCUGAUUUUCGUAUCGUGGGAUGGCUGAACAUCAAUUUUCAGCCUAUCAAACAGGUUCUAACAACGUAUGCAAGUAAAUGGAUGUGGACUUUUACAAAAUAUCUCUGUGAUCAGGUCACUGACUCUCUUGAUACUCUUGCUGACUUCUUGGCUCGAACAGAACCUGAGAUAGAAAGUAUAACAGGUGAAGAGAGAGAUACUGCUUCAUUCAUGAAGAUGAUGAGAUUGUUUAAUGAAGUAUCUGCUCAACAACAAGAUAUGGAGGAAAGAUUUUCUGUCAUGCAUCGAACUGUUCAUCUUCUUGAAAAAUAUGACAUGAAAUUAUCUGGUGAAACACAACAAAUGUUUGAUUCAGCUCCUGAUCGCUGGAAUCAUCUCAAAACAAAAGUAUCACUUGCAAAACAAAGAUUGGGGCCAAGAAUUCAGGCGAGGUUUCAUAUUCUAUUGAAGUAUCCACCCAUAUUUAGUCAGUCUCAAUUUAGUUAA